CAGUUAACUUUAACCUCAAUGAUGAAUAACUGGAGGAAACAAAAAUAAUAUACAUAUUACAGCUAAUUUAUUUACAUUUUCUUUGCAAGGAAUAAGAACAGACCUUUCAAAUAGUAAAAUCUGAAGUCGACAUUCUGAAUUGAAAGGAUAAUAAAAUGGAUAAGCUCAAAAGAGUAUUAAGUGGAAAUGAUUCUCCUGAUGAAGAGAGUGGGAUUAUGGAUCAGUUCAGUGAUGCUACUACAUUCAGUUGGUCCACCAGAAUAAAAGGAUUCAUAGCUUGUUUUGUUGUUGGAAUUGCCUUUUCAAUACUAGGUUCAUUCGCACUAUUUUUCCAUGGAGGAAUGAGACUUUUUGCAGCAUUUUAUACAUUAGGAAAUAUAACAUCACUUUUCAGUACUUUAUUUUUGAUGGGACCUUUCAACCAGCUUAAAAAAAUGUUUGCAGCUACCAGAGCUGUAGCAACUUGCAUAGUGAUUACGUCAUUUAUAUUGACACUCUUCGCUGCUUUUGUGCUGAAAUAUCCUGUUCUCGCCUUGUUACUUAUAAUUGUUCAGUCUUUGGCAAUGACCUGGUAUUCUCUAUCAUACAUUCCCUAUGCCAGAGAUGCAGUGAAGAAGACCUUGUCAACUUGCAUAGAUGUCUGAGCACAUACUGGUACUUUUAUGAAACAUACCUGCACAACACUUCAACUUCGUCAACGACGAAUAGAAAAUUUCAAACUUUCCAUAUAACUGAUGAAACAUACUUUUUCAUCAGUUACCUUGAGAAUAUUAAUACUAUUUUUUAUAAAAUGAACCCAAAAUCUAUCAGAUGAUUUUAUAUUCCUAUUUUUAAUAUACUUGAUAUUUUUCUUGAAUGAGAACUAAUACUGAUCGAUCAGACAAUAAAUAAGUGCUCCUUAGCUACAAAUGGUCCAAAUAAUCUAUUUUGUGAUGUAUAUCGAAGUAUGUUGAGCGUUGUAUAUAGAUCUAUAAAAUAUAUUUUUAAUAUGAGAAUAUGUAUGUGUAUUGAUGUUCUUUAUGUAAUACAGCGUAUUACUUGUAUUUAUACCGAAACCAUUGUUAGAAAGUUUAACUGUCUCGAAAUAUUAUUUGAUUUUGAAUAAAGAGCUAUUAUUCUUA